CGCGUGGCGGGGCCCGCGCGGUUUCCGUUUCCGGCGCGCCUCGCUCUGGUCCCUGCGGCGGCGGCCGAGCCUUGUGCCUCCGCCAUAUUGUCUGUGUGCGGCGGCGGCGGCGGCGGCGGUAGCGGCCGCGCCAGGUGGAGGAAUCUGAGGCCUUUCUCCUCUGUCAGCACUGCAGAGCAGGUCGCCUCUGAUUUCACAUCGCGCUUCCGCCUGCCAAGCUGUCUGAUAUGUCGGGACCCGUGCCGAGCAGGGCCAGAGUUUACACGGAUGUGAACACACACAGACCCCGGGAGUACUGGGACUAUGAGUCCCACGUGGUUGAGUGGGGAAAUCAAGAUGACUACCAGCUAGUUCGAAAAUUAGGCCGAGGCAAAUACAGUGAAGUAUUUGAAGCCAUCAACAUUACAAAUAACGAAAAAGUAGUUGUUAAAAUUCUCAAGCCUGUUAAAAAGAAGAAAAUCAAGCGUGAAAUCAAGAUCUUAGAGAACUUGCGAGGCGGUCCCAAUAUAAUCACCCUUGCAGAUAUAGUAAAAGAUCCUGUGUCUCGAACACCCGCUCUGGUUUUUGAACAUGUAAACAACACAGACUUUAAGCAAUUAUACCAGACACUAACAGAUUAUGAUAUUCGAUUCUACAUGUAUGAGAUUUUGAAGGCUCUAGAUUACUGCCAUAGCAUGGGAAUCAUGCACAGAGAUGUCAAACCUCACAAUGUCAUGAUUGACCAUGAGCACAGAAAGCUUAGACUAAUAGACUGGGGUUUGGCUGAAUUCUAUCACCCUGGCCAGGAGUACAAUGUCAGAGUGGCUUCCAGAUAUUUCAAAGGACCUGAACUUCUUGUAGAUUAUCAGAUGUAUGAUUACAGUCUGGAUAUGUGGAGCUUGGGUUGCAUGUUGGCUAGUAUGAUAUUCCGAAAGGAGCCAUUUUUCCAUGGCCAUGACAACUAUGAUCAGCUGGUGAGGAUAGCCAAGGUUCUGGGGACAGAAGAUCUGUAUGACUACAUUGACAAAUACAACAUUGAGCUGGAUCCACGUUUCAAUGACAUUUUGGGCAGACACUCCCGUAAGCGAUGGGAGCGCUUUGUCCACAGUGAGAACCAACACCUGGUGAGUCCAGAAGCUCUGGAUUUCUUAGACAAGCUGCUGCGAUAUGAUCACCAGUCACGACUCACAGCAAGAGAAGCCAUGGAACACCCCUACUUCUACCCCAUUGUGAAAGACCAGGCUCGGAUGGGCUCGUCCAACAUGGCGGGUGGCAGCACUCCUGUCAGCAGUGCGAGCAUGAUGUCAGGGAUUUCUUCAGUGCCAACACCUUCACCCCUUGGACCUCUAGCAGGCUCCCCCGUCAUCUCUGCCACCACCACCCUGGGGAUGCCGGUUCCAGCUGCUGCGGGCGCCCAGCAGUAGUGACGGGCUCAGUCUCCUGCUGCCUGAGCUGAGUCAGGUGGGGAAGAGGUUUCCCCCUCCACCUCUCCUCAGGACGCAGCUCGUGCCUGGCAGGGGAAGGGAGGGGAUGAACGCUUUGGAGACACCGUGUCUGAACUGUUGCUUGUGGAUUUAUAGUAGUUCAGUCAUUAUAUACAAAAUUAUUAUAGGCUGAUUUUUCUUUUUUUACUUGAACUUUUCGUAACUCAGGGGAUUCCCUGAAAAUACCUACAGAUGGAAUACUUCUUGGACAGUUUUUCUUCCCCCCCCCACCCCUCCCAAAAAAAAAAAAAAAAACACCAACAAAACAAAACAACUCUUCAUGUAAUAACAAAGAUGAAUCAACAGCAUUUCCAAGCUCUUGCAUCCUGCUGGAAAUCUCUUCUCUUCAUGUUCCCACCAUUAUUCCUCCACAAGCCUUGGGGGAUUGUGCUGUUCUCCAGAGACUACCAAACCAAGUCUUCAUGAGGCAGGGGAGGGGAUUCUUAAAGUACCACUCACUUGAACCCCAUGUCCUGCAUAUGUCCCAGCCAGGGUACACUGAGGAGACAAUUCCAGUAGGGAGAGGUGGGAUAAGCUUAAAAGGAAUAAGUGCAGAUAGCGUCCAAAACCCUAACUGGAUUGGAUAAUGUCUCCUUAGGAGUCAACCAGAAUGCUAACUCACCCCUUGCAUGUAAUUUUAGUCUUAAAAAUGAAGUUACUGAUCCAGUUGGAGUCCUUGGCACCUCCUGAGACAGGUGCUCCUGUAGAGUAAGCCCUGCUCUCAUCAGCCCCUUUCUCGUGGAGGGUUCUUCCAGCCAUUGCUUGGCUUGGAUCUCUGGAAUUAAUUUGUUAUUGGGUAUAUUGUUUUUAAAUUGUUUCUAUAGGUUUCGAGCUGGUGGCUACUUAAAGCUGGAAAAAUCAGACUGCGCCAAGUCCGAUCCCACAUCUUCACCCACCAUCCCCUCCCUCACGUGCCAUGUGGUGAGAAUACCAGUUACCUCACAGUCUUGUAAAUAUGCACUGAGAGGAAGGAGCCAGGAGACGUUAACUUAAACUGAAAUGGUAGAUCAGUAAUUGUGGACAAAUAUUAUCAUUGACAACGGAAAAGCACCCUUGUUACAGCCCUGCUACCCCUUGCUGUGUAUAUAUACUUUGUCCUUCAUAUGUGAAAGAUCCAGUGUUGGAAUUCUUUGGUGUAAAUAAACAUUUGGUUUUAUUUAUCGAGGUUA